CGUAGAUGUCGUAGCCAAACACGUGCACGGCUCGUUCGCGUCUUAAAGCAGCAUCUAUAGCUGUAGCUUUUUGCUUUUGCUGAAAAAGAAACCCUUUUAUUGAAUCUUUUUGCUGUGGUAGUAUUACUACGAAUACUAUAAAUACUACCGUUACUAUUAGAACGUAAAAAUAACAGUUGUAAUUAGCGUGUAGCAAAAACGUAAUGGAAACACAACUGCAACACAGUUUCGAGUCGCUGAUGAGCUACGCUAAUUCCAAUUGAAGUUAAUAACUUCAGCAUGUCUCUAUUAUAUGAGGGCUUUGCGAAGGGUGUGAAACACAUACUACUGGGAGUGUGCGUGCGUGCGUAUGUGUGUUGAAUCAUGGCAGCAGAUUUGGAAAGUUUUGAACUAGUGCCAGGGCUCACGGAAUUGGCGGCAAUGCUUGUGGAACGUCAAGUGGAACGAAAUAAAAAGGAACCUUUUUUAAAUAAUUAAUUUCUAAACGUAAAUUUCAAAACUGUUUGGCAUUAGUUUCCGUUCGAAACUAACACGCACUGGAAGGCAAUUAAUGUGCGAGACUGAAUAUUGAAUAGUGAAACGACAGUGAAUGUUUUGUGGAUUUUGCAAGUGAAAUAAAUUGGAUGUGAGUUUCGACAAGCAGCUUGGAGCAUAUAAAAUAAAAAAGUCAAUUUAUAUUAAAAACAAAACUUUAAAUAAAACAAGUUUAAUAUAAAUAAGUAAAAAGUAGCUGAGUUGUAACGACGACAAUAAUUUAUGAUAAUAAUUAAAAUAUUUAUAAGCUAUUUAUAAUUGUAACAACAUAUAAACACAUAUACAUAUAUAUAUAUAUGUUUGCAUGCAGCUGAGAAAUUAAUUUUGAGAUAUCAGUAUGUAUUAAUUGAAAGAAAUUCCAAGAAAUUUGGACCGCAAAUUAAACAAACGCUGCGACCAAAUUAAAAGUAUAUUUCCAUACAUCUCGGAAAAGGGCGCAGGAAAGCGUCUGCGUGCGUAUGAUUACACGAAAAGUAAGCAAAACCUUUCGAGCUAAAAAUACCACACUUUGUGUAUGGAAAAGCAAACAAGCAGCCAACAUCAACCGAACUUGUAAAAAGAAAUAUAAAAACGGAAACACACAGAGAAGCAUAAAUCAUAAAAGGGGAACGAUCAAAUAAUUGUAAAAAGUAAUUAACGAUUUUCAAGUAAAAAUAAUGUUGGUUCUGUGCUUUAGCAUGGCUGCCACAGGUGUAUAAGUAUUUUGUGUUCCGAAGACUUUAAAAAAAAAAUUUUAAUUGAUAAAGAAAUAACUUUGAACCGAAGUAAACUUUGGCAGCAUUUGCAGGAGUGCUAGUAUUUGUCUUCAUAUUUAUGUGUUUAAGUAAUAAAAAUUGGCAUCCUCCCUCAAACGAAAACGCCCGGCAGGAUAACACGCACCGGCGCGCACACACAGUGAAACAAACAAAAGCCCAUGCAAAUAGAAGUCCAGAUAGCCUGCUGAAAUUCCAUGCCAGCAAUCAGCGCCAGCGUGACACACAGCCAAACUGACAACAACUGUAUAUGAAGUAUCCCAGCACGGGCCUUAAUACCCAGUACACGCGCGGUGCCGGCAUAAAUACUUAAAGCCUCAACGACACGCACACGCAGCGACAUUGUGGCAGCAUCAGCGUUAAAAUUGUGCAAAACGAAUACCUUCACAGUGUGAACCUGUCGCGCUUUGCGAUAGUGUGCGCACCCAGCCACACUCACAAACAGUCACGCAGAGGCACACGCCGUUAGGACUAACAGCAACUGACAACAGACAAUCGACAACCGCCAACAACGACCCUCAGUAGCUGCAGCAACCGACAGAACAGCCGCAGCAGCAGCUCCAGCGCCACUAAUAGCAUUAGAAGCCGAAGAUAGGAACGAAGAAAAGGCGAACGACGGCCACUGCAAAGGGGCAGCAACAGGAGUCGCACUGACGGUGCCGAUAUAAAACACGAACACAUAUUUUAAACAUUAUUGAUGACGAUUUGCAAAAACAUGAGCGCCACACUCUCUAUUAAUCAGAAGCAUUUGAGCGUCAACGAGAAUCAUUUUGGCGGCAUUGUAGAGCGAAACCGUUCACGAUCGGAACGGGCCUCCAGCUUAGCACUGCCGCACAACUCACUCUUGGACUUUUAUGAUAAAGAGCAGGAACAAUGCAACUCGGUGGCAUUGUUGCCGACGACCGUCAAUGUGGUGGUGCGUCGACACUCGUCGCACUACUAUCCAAUGCUAGAGGAGAAGCACACGUCGCCGUUGCAGCAACAACAACAACAAUCAUUAAAAACACAUACACAAAUGCAAAUGCAGACAAGACAAUUAAAUGCGAUGACCGCAAAUGGUGGCGCGCUCCCAACGCUGACCGUUGCCAUUCCCGAGUUGCCGCAAUACAAUUAUAAUCAUAAUAAAGCUGGUCAAUUGGCGAUGCAGGACAUGCAAUCGAUGUCAUCAUUGCCGCUUUCAAGCCUUGUGAAUGGCAAAGAGAAAAAAGUUUUCACAUACAAUACGGUGACCAACAGUGCCAAUAGUGCCACCAAAAACCAACCUAUGAACUUGCCCAACACAGCAGCCCACUCAAGUAUUGUACCGGAUACACCACCGCCACCCGUCCCGAAGCGAACAUUUCGUGGCAAUUACGCUUGGAACGGAGCAAUUGAUUCGCCUACGCCCACGUCCGCAAGUCAAACACCAACCAAAGAUAAACAACACAUCAGUGCUGGCACCGCUUUUGUUUAUCCACCGCAAACACAAACCCUUUCACCCGGCCAUCGGCUACAUCAGCAACAGAGCAAUACGGUUUAUUACAACUCGGGCGGUGGUAGUGGAAACGUAGGCGUAGAUCCGGCACAAAUACAAAGUCAAUCCCUGCUUGUUGACCUGGCCACACGUCCACUAUACGUGGAUUCGGGCCUGGAUGCCGGCGGUAUUUCAGAUGAUGAUCGGAUGAGCUUGGAAAAUUCUGUAUUUGAUGAGUCGUUGACAUCGACACCUGUCAAGGUCACCAAGGCUGCGUCCGAAGGUACGGGAGGUGGAAAGUUACUGAACGCUGCAUUUACUGCAAAGACAUUGGUAGCUUUUACUGGGGACUUGAGCAACGCUGUAAAACGUGCAAAUCGCUCGUCCAGCAGUACGGCUGACUCUACCAUCACCAUCUCUUCUGGCUACGGUUCAGGUCAUAGUGAACGUUUCGCCUCCUCUUCGACUAGUGCGGACUUCCGCAGCCGUUUCUCAUCUGUUGAUACACAAUCAUCAAUCGAUAGUUGUCCAACAGAGAAGACGAGCGAGUCCUCUGUAUCCAAAGAUUACUCUAAAAUGGAACGAACAUUGCUUAACGAUGCUAUGAAUGAUUAUAAUAACUUAAAUAAUAAUGAAACUCGCAUUCAUGUGGGUUGUAAUAUUUUGGUUGGUAAUAACAAUGCGCCCCCUAGUCGCCACUCUCCGAAUGCGAAUACCCAGAUGAACAAUGGAUUGGUGCAGCAAAAACCACCUAUAGUUCCAACACGAAAACAAUAUCCAGAUGUAGCAAAGAUUCCGCCACCUUGCAGUAAAAACAGUUCACAGCAGUCACUACAUAGCAGCGGUUGUGGCAGCGGCAGUGGUAGUGUGGGUAGUAGUAACGCUGCCUCCACGGUAUCGGCUUCCACGUCCACCUCCUCGACGGUGUCUGCUGGUUCGGGUACUUCUACGGGUUCUCUGCUGUCAGGUUCGGCCACUACAUCGAAUAAUGCCAUUUCACCGCUUACACACAACGUAGCCAAUGUUUAUCAACAGCCAAAACGUCCAGUACCGCCGAUACCGCCAACGCGUGGUCAAAUUAGUUUCGAUCAUAAUAUCAAUAAUGGUACGCAAAUUGAAGCAACAUCGUCCGCGUCGAAACCAUCGACAGCACUAAGCGUUCGGAAUAAGCUUGGUAAAAAUAAACCUCCCCCUAUCGUUUACCCAAAACUACAUCAACGGCAAGACUCCAAUUUGUCCAGUGAUAGUUUUUCCGUCACUUCUAGUCCUGGUUAUAACUCAAAAAAUCUUAUGGAUGUACCGCUGCUUCAGAAUGCUGCACGCAUCAAUAAGAGCGGUAUGGGUGGGGGUAUGGGUAUGGGAAUGGGUAUGGGUGUUCGGAAUCCGGAUUCAGUGGAUGCUUUUAAUUUAAAUGGAUCACGAUUCGCUGCGCUUACAUCCAGUGGAAUGGGAAAUCCUGUGCUACCACCUCCACGUAACAAAUACAGCUGCCGCCAGGAUUCCAAUAUUUCCAGUGAUAGUUUCAGUCAAACUUCCAGCCCAAGUUACAAUACAAAGCAAAUGGAAGCUCCUUUAUUGCCCUCGCUCUCUGUAAAAAGGUUGUGCGGCGUCCCGGCGCCUAUUGUUUAUAAACAAAAACUGCAAAAUGAAACCAUCGAAGAGAUGGAACAAUCGGUUCCUAUGUCGCCACUUACCAAAUGCGUGUCCACUCCGGCUAGCCUACAAACAAUUGUACGAUUCCAAAAUGGAACCCCAAACACGAUGUCACUACAACAUCAGCAGAUUAUUCAUCGUCGCAAAAGCUCCAAUCCUUACAUCACCAAUGGUCGACUGAAGUUUCGUCUCUGGCAAGUAUUAGUAAACGCAUUCGCUUUAUUGGUGAUUGCUGGUGGCCUAGCGGCAUAUUUCAAUGCCUAUCCAACUAUAAAAUUCGUCAACAAAACGAUUAUAAACACCGUCCAUGUGGAGGAUACUUCGAUUUAUGGAAAGAACCCUGCACCCGGUACUUGUUUACCUAUCAUAGUGAAGUUUUGCCAAGGUCCACAAAUCCCCUACAACUACACCGUGUUCCCCAAUUACAUUGGGCAUUUCGGGCAACUCGAAACUCAAGUGGAUCUAGAUGCCUACGAUGCACUGGUGGAUGUGCGAUGUUACGAAUUAGUCUCACUGUUCCUUUGUACCCUGUUUGUACCGAAAUGCGGUUCGACCGGAGCAACUGUACCACCUUGUAAAACCUUGUGCACCGAAACUAUGCGACGUUGUGGUUUCUUCUUUGAUGUGUUCGGCCUCAGUUUACCUGAAUAUUUGAAUUGUAAGCUCUUUAAAGAUUUCGAAAACCCCGAAGACUGUGUUGGACUCGACCAAGUGCGUGAGGUGAUGAUAGCAUCAACGAACCCCAAAUGCGAUGGCUUUCAGUGUGAUCAAAAUCGCUGUUUACCCAAAGAUUACGUAUGUGAUGGUCAUUUGGAUUGUAACGACCAAACAGAUGAGGCCAAAUGCGAACGGUGCCAAAAGGAUGAGAUCUAUUGUGGCGAUGAUCGUUGCAUAGGUAUAAAUCACGUAUGCGACGGGGUUAUCGACUGUCCGUAUGGACAAGACGAACGAAAUUGCAUUCGUCUAAGCGAUCGUAAUGGGGAUUUAGGGAAAGGCAUGUUGGAAUUCUAUCGUAUAAGCACACAAAUGUGGACCCCAGCUUGUGUUAAAAACUGGGAUCGCGCAGUGUCCCCUUCAGCUGUAUGCUCUAUGUUGGGUUAUAGUGCCGUUAACGCCACGAGUGUGGUAACACUCAAAACACACCGAUCGCUUAUGGCAUCCAUAAAUGUAUCGACCGAUAUUUGGAAUAUGUAUGCGAAAAAACAUUCAAAUCUGAUGCAGGAAUUCUCAAGUUGUUCGCCCGAUGAGGAUUAUCCAGUUGCUGAAUUAACUUGUGCUAAUUACGAGUGCGGAAAAGUUAAACGCGGACGCCACAAACCAUCUCGUCGCAUCAUUGGAGGCUCACAGGCCAACCCAGGCACUUGGCCAUUUUUGGCCGCAAUUUUAGGAGGACCUGAAAAAAUAUUCUACUGCGCGGGAGUUCUAAUAUCCGAUCAAUGGGUGCUCACAGCGUCGCAUUGCAUAGGAAAUCAUACCGUCAUUGACCUUGAAGAUUGGACCAUACAGCUUGGUGUAACGCGCCGAAACUCCUAUACAUACACGGGGCAAAAGGUUAAAGUCAAAACAGUUAUACCGCAUCCGCAUUACAAUACCGUAAUCACACAUGACAAUGACAUAGCACUAUUUCAACUGGCCACUAGGGUCGCAUUCCAUGAGCAUUUAUUGCCUGUUUGUCUGCCGCCACCCGGAAUUAAACUGAAGCCGGAUCAAAUGUGCACAGUUAUCGGUUGGGGAAAGCGGGACAACAAAGACCCAAAAUCCACAUACGAACCAAUUGUCAAUGAAGUGCAAGUCCCGAUUAUUGGCCGACAGCAAUGCGAUGUUUGGCUUGAUAACCUGACAGUAUCCGAUGGAAUGAUAUGCGCCGGCUAUGAGGAAGGAGGAAAGGAUGCAUGCCAGGGUGAUUCCGGAGGUCCUCUGCUCUGCCCCUAUCCGGGCGAAAAGGAUCGUUGGUUUGUGGGUGGCAUCGUGUCGUGGGGCAUAAUGUGUGCACAUCCGAAAUUGCCAGGCGUAUAUGCGAAUGUGAUCAAAUAUGUGCCAUGGAUACAGGAGCAAAUGGCUAAAUAUUCAAAACCUGAAAAUGAAGAGAGGCUAUCCAAAUAUGAUGCACACCCAGGCGGACCAGAUAUUCUGUCAAACAUAGCGACUGGACCCAUACGCAACAAAAAACCAUAUCACAAUCAGAAUCGCAGUCCAAUGGACAUUGAUUACUACGACAAUUAUAAGAAGACCUAGACUAAACAUUCACAUUAAAAGUUAAACUUAAAGAAACCAGCACAAGAAAGGCAUUGUAAGUGAGGUGUUCAAUAAACCAUAGAGAGAAAGAAGGCAGUCAAAAUGUACGAAAAUAAGUACAUUGAAUUUCGAUAGACAAUAAUGCACAUAUACACAUAUACAUACAUACUAUAUGUAAAUUAGGCAUAGAGAAACAUUUCUACAAAGUGUUAGACAAUACAGUUUAGUUGCGAUUCGUUUGUAUUUGACAAACAACAAAUAUAUUCAUAUCCUUGUGGCAUAUUGCCAUUUGAAAAAUGGAAUAUGUUUACAUAAAAAAAUUAAAUUUAGGCAAAGAGUGUAUAACAGCUAUGCUUAUACAAGUACUACAAGUUUUUUGUAAUACAUUAGUAUUAAAGGGCACACUUUUGAGGGGAACAACAUGUUACCACCAAGCACACACAUACAUAUUAUAACCGAACAAGUCAAUUUCCGAAUUUAAAUGUCAAUUGGACACAAAGUUCACAUUGUUUCCUUGAAGGAAACCAUAGAAAAUGUGACAAAAUCCGUGAGGGUCAACUAAAUACCAGUGCAUACAUACUACAUACAUACAAACAUACAAUGUAUCACAAAAUACAAAAAGUAUUUUAUAUCUAUACAUCAUGUGUAUAUAGUUUACUAUACCCACAGAUUUAUACCAUAUUCUAAUUUUGACAAUUUAUUGCUGAUAUAUCCUUCAAGUUUUGUAGUAAAGUAACAGGCAAAGUGCAGAGAAAGUCUCUGCGACAGUAAAGUUGCAAUUGACGAUUGUGAUUUAUUUUCAAAUAUAUACAUACAUAUAUGCACAUAUCUACUUCUGUUAUCAAAGAUAACAUUUGACAUGUAUGGUUGUCGUUGUGGAGACUCAAAACGAUAGUAAAACAUAAAAGUUAUUCUAAUUGAAAUCAUACCCACUCAAAACAAGUGUACACAUAUACAUAUAUCUACAUAUAUGGAAUAUUUAUACACACACAUUUAUAUGCUACAUACAUACAUACAUAUAUGUAAAACAUGAAAUUGUUACACGUCUAUUAAUUAGCAAAUGUACACAGAGACCACAUUUGCAUAAAUACCUACACAUAUGCAUAUAUACAUACAAAUAUGUUAUGAUAAAAAAUAUUUUUUAUAAGCAAACGGAAAUAUAUAGUUAAUUUUUAUAUGUGUACACGUAUAAACUGUGCAAAAAAGCUAUUAUCCUUGCAAACAUAAACCACACAAAUUAUUAAAGAAAACACAUACUACAUGCAACAUAAAGUAGAUUAGUUAAUGUAAGACGCAGAAAGUGCAUAGCUACAAAUAUUAUACAUAUGUAGUAGUGAGGUAUGUAGUCAAUGACUGUAAUAUUGUUGUGUGAGCAAAUGUUCAAAAAUAAAUAACUACAAUAAUGAAAUAAGCUAAAAGGUAGAAAAGUUACAUAUACCACAUGCAUUCAUACUCUACGCACAUCCACACAAUCAUAUGUAUGUAUACCUAUAUCGAACAUGCAUACAUACGCGUUGUGUUAUCUGAAUGAAUAUGCCUCUAGAAUAUAAUGUGUGAACUAUGGAUGUUUAUAAAAAUUGAGACAAUAAAAUAAAGUUCAAAACCAAAGUGGUGAAAUGGAAUGCAGCAAAUAAAGACAAUGUACCGAAGACAAUAAAUUUGUAAUUUGUAGAAUGUGCUGUAUUAUAUAAUAAGGUAGAGUGAUGAUUUUAAAUAGAUUUAUACAUUAACAAAUAAUUUGCGCACAGACGCACGUGCAUGGCUGAGGCCUGAGAAGUUGAAAAUUACUGAUUUUUAAUUUUGAAAUGCGCGAAACAAUUGAAAAUUGAUUUUUGUAAAAUAACAGUGCGGUAAAGAACUAAAUUUUUAAGCGAAUAUCUACCUAAUGCUGAGAGAACAAUUUAAAUUAUUUAAAAUACGAAUCGGUUUUUAUUUUUUUGCCCUCGAAAUACAUAUAUUUACCCAUUUAUUUUAGUUUAAAAUACAUAUGUUUCUAUAAAAAUAUUAUUUUCGAAUAAAAGACAAUAUUAAAUACAAGCAGAAACUUAUUGUAACACACAAAUAUUAGUGCGGCGUGUUGUUGUAAGCUUCUAUUUAGUAAAAUAAUGAAAUAAAAAGAAAAACUAAAAGAAAUAUAUGCAUGGGUUUCAGCUUUAACAAUAUAAAAUUAAUUAAAUAUAUACAUGCUGUCUAUAUAUACAUACAUAUACACGAUAUAUAUAAAUGCUAAUUUAGCCAUACAUACAUAUACAUAUACUAUUUACAAUUAGAUGUUAAUGUAACUACAUAAAAGAAAUACAUAUUACACGUGGAGCUGCAACCACAGUCUAUAAGUAAUAACCAAAGCUGAUUUUUACCUCACUCAACCACAUUCUUCUUUAGGCACAAAUGUCAUUAUACAUAUGUACAUACACUUUACAUAUGCAUACAAAUAUAUGUAUAUUAUAGAAGGAUACAUAUACAUAUACAUAUGUACAUAUGAUAAAUUAGGGUGUCCGUUAUUUCCAAGUUAAUUUUGUUAUGUUGUUUAGUUUCUGUUUUUGUCCUAAAGCGGUUCUACGCAAUUGAAGUUACAUUUAUAGUAGAUCAAAUGGCCUGAGCAUUCAUACAAGUGCCUUAUGGCUUUUGUGUUGCUUAUACGACAUGGUGUACUGUUUUAAAGCUCAGUAAACUUGUAGGAAUGGUCUGUAAACUUGAUGUCAAAUUUAAACUGCGUAUAACUUUUAAAGGAGUGUUAAUAUGGAAAAAUUCAACUAGACUUUUUUGUGGAGCGAUCAAAUUUGUAAUAUAAUUUUUUUAACGUUGUAGGUUUACAAGAACCAAUUCUUAUUUUACAUUGUGCAGUUUUCUUAGAAUUAUGUUGCUUUCUACUUGACUUAUCGAUAGCCCAAACUUGAUGAAAGAACUUUAAUUAAACUCUUAAAUAACUAGCAAUGCAUGUGUGAAUUUGGAAACCGAAAAUCAAGGAAAUUUUAUUCAACUUCAUUAAAGUGGUUUUUCCGUUUAUUAAUUCAUAUUUAUGUAAGUAUGCGUAUGUGAACGUAUUUAUGUCUUCAUAUACUAUAUGUAUGUAUAUUGAAGGGUAUGUACACAUGUAUAAAAGGCAGUGCACACAUACGCACAUUCACACAGCUUUAUAAUUUCGAACGAAGUGUUGUAUACUUGAAUUUAUAUAUACACUGCUAAAUACAUACAUAUAUACAUACAUAUAUGUAUAAACCAUACAUACAUUUUUAGUAUAAACUAUAAUACAAGCAAAAUUUAAGGAAGCAGGAAUAUAAAAAGAAUGAGAAUAUUUACUAUUUUAAAAUGUAUCAGACAAAUUUAAUACGAUUUAAGGCAAAUAACAAUAACAAAAUUAAAAUAGAUUGUUUGUUUGUGAUUAAAAUCCAUGCUGAAUAUAUACAUACAUAUGCAUAUGUAUGUAAAUGCGAGAGUAUAUGAAUACAAGUAGGAGCCAGACACAUAUGUACAUACAUACAUAUUUACCUAUAAGGGCGGUAAAUUUACCUGCAUACAUAUAUACUGUUUGCUAUCACACACACAACUAAUACUCCAAUUAGCGCAAGUACUAUAUAUGAAUAUUUAUACCCUUAGCGAAGAAGAAUAAAAUUGUAACUAAAGUAUAAUAUACCAAAAGUACAUGUUUGUAUGUUAGAAAUUGUAGACAAUACUAUUUGAACGCAUUUGCGGAGCAGAAUAAUGCGAAAAGAAGAAAUGCGUGCAGCAAAAGCUUACCAUGCAUGUUUCUGAGAUUAGAAGAAAAAAAAAUAAAAUAAACAAAUACGACAAUAAAACAUGUUAUGUACAAUCAUCCAUUAUAAACAAAUACAUAUAUACAUAUAUAUACAUAUGUAUAUAGUAUAUACAAAAACGUGCAUGUAUUGUUAUAGUUAUAGAAAUAAUAUACAUAUACUUAUAUAUACAUACAUGAAUAUCAUAAAUUAAUAUACAUAUAAAUAUAAAAUAUUGUAUUAGACUAAAAUAUGAAGCAAACAUACAAGUAGUGAAUGCAAAAAGAAACCAACUUAAUGUGAUCAUUCUGAUAAAGUCAAAAACUGCUUUACUUUUAUACUUUGCAUACAUACGACAUAGUGACGAUGUCGAAAUAAAGGUGAAACUACAUAUAAAUCUUAUAGUAUUAUAUACAUUUGUAGUUAAGGCAACAAUGGAAAUAAUAAGCUUACAUACAUGUAUACACUUCAAAACGCAAAAUUGUAUGUUGAAACACAGCCAAUGUAUACAUACAUUCAUAUGUACUUAUACACAACAAUUUUAUUUAAUUUUAUUCUGAAACCCCAUUUCUUUUCGUUCCUCUUGUUCACUCAUUCAUGCAAACACAUGUUAAAAUCGCACAUACAUAUGCAGAACCUACGUGCAUAUAACGGUAUACAAUAUUUGAAUAUCAGAAAUCAGAAAUGUCAAAUUAUAAAUAAAAUAAUUGCAUAAUGCACAACAAAUCAAAUUAUUCUUAUAAGAAGUUUAACCAUAUUGAUUAUAAAUUUUUACAUUUCUUUCGCAAACGCCAGCAUAGCUAAAAAUCAUAAAAAAUAGAGCAAAAUAAUCGCACUUGUUAAAAAUGCACAAAUACCGAAAUUCGGAUGUAAGAAGAGGUCAAAAUUAUCAAUCAUUAUCAGUUAUGCCACAAUUCCAAAACUACACAGAAAAUAUGUAUAUGGUACAUAUACUUACAUAUGUUCUAUAAUAAAUCUGAACUGAUUGCCUUAACUUUUAUUUUUAUUGCGAGUUUUCGCAUUAAAGCGACCAACAUUUCCAUAUGAGCUUCAGAAGCAAUAUUUUUAUUUAUCGGUUCGAUUUGUAAUAUGCAUGUUCUAAGAGGUAGUUACAUGAAAUCAGAAAAUAAUUUCAUUAAUCAUAUUUUUAUUUUAACAGAAGUGAUGACAAUAAUAUAAAAUAAGAUAUGCUUUGCUAUAUGUUCUUUAUUAGAAACAGAGCUUGAGUCAAAAUAAAUUUACUUGAGUGACUUUAAAAAUGCGUAUGUAUGUGCAUAUUAUACAUAUAAAUUUAUAAAAAUUCAAUGACAAACCGCUGUUGGUACACCUGCUUGCAUUAAUAAUGAAAUAUUAAUAGUUACAAAAAAGUUCGGAGCGAAUAAAUAAACACAUGACAAUGCAAGUGAUAAGAGAACACAUAAACCAAAUUUAACGCAUACUUUAAUGCAAAGUAUAUAAUAUGUGUAUCUAUGUAUAUAGAUAUAAUACGUACAUACCUAUACAUAUACCAUAUAUGAAAUAAAGGAAUAAAAACUG